AUGGCACUGUUGACUGGGCUGGGUCAGGCGGCGACGGUGGCGCAGCUGGUCGGCGUAGAUAUCGGGGGGCUCAUCUCUAUGAUUGUGCAGGCUGCACGAAUGGCUCGGCAGAACAGGUCCGAGUGUGAGCAGCUUGCUCGUCGGGUUCUUAUGAUCGCGCAGCUGCUGCCACAUGUGCAGGAACCGGAGGCGGUUCAGCCGCUGGCCGAGCUGGGCGAUACACUUCGGGAGGCCCACGAGCUCGUUGUGUCCUGCCAAGGCAGGAACGCAGCGUACCAAUUGGUCAUGGCAGGGAGGCAGGCCGAAAGGUUUCGGGACGUGCAUAGUAGGAUUGACUCCUACCUCAUCCUCUUCCCCGUGAUCAGCCAUAUCGGCAUGACACGCCGCCUUGGACGAAUCUACAAUGUCCUUGUACCAGAGGACUCCAGCAGAGUUGACCCCUCUCCGCUUCCACAACCGCAGGAGUCUACAGAGGUUGCUCAGGAGGUACUACCGCAUGGAACCCAGCAAUUCACGUGGGCGGAGAUCGUGGCCGCCACUAAUAACUUCGACACAGUGAUCGCUCGGGGCAGCAGUGGAAUGGUGUACAAGGGCAGGCUUGACGAUGGGCGAGAGGUGGCCAUUAAGCACAUAAAAAACGAUGAGUACUGGAGAGAGGACUUUAGCACAGAGCUCCACAUCCUAUCACGGCUCCAACACAAACACAUCAUCCGCCUCCUUGGAUCAUGUGUGAUUGUGAGCAAGGACAAGUGCCCGCUAACCACCCGGCAAAAGAUAAAAAAGGGCUUACUGACCAGGUGGAGAAAGGAGCCAGAAGAGCCUGAAGAGCCGGAGAGGCUGAUCAUUGUCUAUGAGUACAUGGAGAAUGGCACGCUCCACGACCUCCUGGGUUCUGAUCAGGGCUCCUCCAUGCUGUCGCCAGUGACGGUGUCCUGGAAGCUGCGCAUGGAUGUGCUCCUUGGUGUGUCGCGCGCCAUUGAGUACCUGCACUGUCAUGCCCACCCGCCAAUCAUCCACCGGGACAUCAAUUCAAGUAAUAUCGUUUUCGACGCGAGUUGGGUGCCGCGUGUAGCAGACUUUGGCUCGUCGGUCGCCUCGGACGUGACGAGGGAGGAGGAGGGGGUGGAGUGCGAGGCUGUAGGAACAUUAGGAUACGUUGACCCUGAGUACCAUGAUACAUUCCUUCCGAAACCGGCGGCCGACGUGUACAGCCUAGGCGUGGUGAUGUUCGAGGUUCUGACUGGGAAAAGGGCAGUUUUCAUAGAGGAGAAGGGAACUGUUACUCAUUUGCCAAACUUCGCAAUCACCCUCAUCGAGGCUGGUAAUCUUGGGGAGAUGUUGGACAGGCGACCAUCACCGGAGCCGACGCCGUGGGAGCUGCAAGCGCUGAAGCAUGUGGCGCGGACUGCACGACAUUGCGUGAAGUUGAGCAGCAAGGACCGGCCGACCAUAUCAGACAUUGUUGGCAAGCUGGAGAUGGCAUAUGAGUUGACAUGCAGAGACGAGUCAGGUUCCGUUGAUGAGCUACCGGACUCACCACGUGGCAGCAACGUAUCAUCAGCUGGCUGCCAGUCUGAUCUGGUACAUUACAAACUAAUUGAACUAUUUUCACAUUGA